AUGACGCCGCCAGCAGUCUUCACUGGGCUCUUGUUGACGCUCUGGACGUACAAGUGCCUGAUGAUGGUGGUUUUCCAGAACAAAAUCAUCUAUAUGCCAUCAGUGCCGCCGUUUUCUCGCUCAGAGAAAGUCGGUGACUAUACAAUACAGUGCAGACCAGUUCGGUGGACAGAGCAUGACCUUCAAUCAGUCGACGGGACAGCUCUGAAACUGCUUGAGGGCCACACGGAUCAUGCAGAAGAGCCGCCGAAACCGAGUCAGGUUGUUGUCUUGUAUUUCCAGGGCAAUGCAUCCUCGCUGCCUCCACGGUUGCCUUUUCUCUCGCAGAUCCUGAAAACGGUCCAGAAUUCCGAAGCGUGGAAUGCGACGGGAUGUGUCAGUAUGGUGGCUUUGUCGUAUCGUGGGUUCUGGACCUCGAGUGGAAGUCCUUCGCAGAAAGGGAUUGAGCUCGAUGCGAAAGUCGCGCUGCAAUGGGUUCUCGGGCGGUACAGUCAGGACACCAAGAUUGUACUUUGGGGCCAGUCCAUCGGCUCCGGAGUAGCGACACUUGCAGCGGCGAAUCUUCUCAGAAAGGACCGCGCACAGUUCGAUCGUAUCUCUGGUAUAUUGCUGGAGACGCCUUUUGUUGACCUGCGAGCCAUGUUGGUCGCACUAUACCCGCAGAAGUGGUUGCCCUACCGAUAUCUUACACCAUUCCUUAUGUCGACAUGGGAGACCAAGCGAGGUUUGGAAGAGAUCGGAAGCGCUAGAAGCAAUGUGCAGGUCAUGCUGCUGCAGGCGGGAGCCGACGAAAUUGUGCCCGAUGGACAGGCAGGGGUAUUAGAAGACGCCUGCCGCGAACGGGGCAUCCGGGUUGAGCGCCGGGUGGUUCCAGGCGCGCUUCACCAAGACAUUAUGAUGAAGCCAGCGGGGCGGGGUCAGAUAGCUUCCUUUAUUGGUAGGUUCAUAAGAGACUGA